UCUGCCAGCAGCCUGCAGUCUCAGAAAUCAGACUCAAGUGACUAGGACUCUUGAGAUCAAAGGCUUACCAUGCUACUCCCCAGGACAGCCAGGGACUGCUGACGUGACCACUGGAGAGUGAUCUGUGGUUCGUAUAGUUACCAAAAAUAAUGGAUAAGCUUAAUAAAAUAACUGUCCCCGCCAGUCAGAAGUUGAGGCAGCUUCAAAAAAUGGUCCAUGAUAUCAAGAACAAUGAAGGUGGAAUAAUGAACAAGAUCAAAAAGCUGAAAGUCAAAGCACCUCCAAGUGUUCCGCGAAGGGACUAUGCCUCAGAGAGGCCAGCUGACGAAGAGGAGCAGUGGUCAGAUGACUUUUCAGACUGCUGUGCCGGAGGGGCUGCAAGGACUCCAGACUCCUCCCCGGGAUGCACACUGAUCCUCAGCCUCCAGGACAGCGAUUAUGAAAACCCAGAUGAGCACUCCGACUCGGAAAUGUAUGUGCUGCCGGCCGAGGAGGCUGGGGACGACAGCUACGAGCCACCACCCGCCGAGCAGGAGACUCGGAUAGUUCACCGGGCCCUGCCCUUCACCAGGGGCGAGUACGUAGACAAUCGGUCAAGCCAGAGGCAGUCUCCGCCCUUCAGCAAGACCCUUCCCAGUAAACCCAACUGGCCUUCGGCAAAGGCGAGGCAAGCCGCCACUCUGCCAGCCCCGACUUCUCUGCACAAACCUCAAGUCCCACCCAGACCCAAAGAGCUCCUUGAGGAUGAGGCUGAUUAUGUGGUCCCUGUGGAAGAUGAAGAUGAAAACUAUAUUCAUCCCACAGAAGACAGUUCACCCCCAUCUGAAAAAGCUCCCAUGGUGAAUAGAUCAACCAAGCCAAAUAACUUCUCAAAGCCAGCCUCACCUCCAGGGACAGCUUCAGGUCGAAAGAGCGGGGCCUGGGACUCUAAGUCAACCUCUUCACCUGCUGCACCAUCCCCACUGCCCAGGGCUGGGAAAAAAACAGCUACGCCGCUGAAGACGACUCCAGUUGUCUCUCAACAGAAUGCCUCAAGUGCUUGUGAAGAAAAACCUAUACCUGCUGAACGCCACCGAGGGUCUAGUCACAGACAAGAAAAUAUGCAGUCACAAGUUUUUCCUCCUCCUCCCCAGAAACCAAUUCAUCAAAAACCCAUACCUCUGCCAAGAUUUCCAGAAGGGGGAAGCCCAACUGUGGAUGGCCCAUUACCCAGCUUUUCAUCUAAUUCCAAUUUGUCAGAACAGGAAGCUGACGUUCACUGUAAACCAUGGUACGCUGGUGCCUGCGAUCGAAAGUCGGCCGAAGAGGCAUUAUACAGAUCGAACAAGGAUGGAUCAUUUCUUAUUCGGAAAAGCUCUGGCCAUGAUUCCAAACAGCCAUAUACACUAGUUGUAUUUUUUAAUAAGCGAGUAUAUAAUAUCCCUGUGCGAUUUAUUGAAGCAACAAAACAGUAUGCUUUGGGCAGAAAGAAAACUGGUGAAGAGUACUUUGGAAGUGUUGCUGAAAUCAUCAAGAAUCAUCAACACAGUCCCCUGGUUCUUAUUGACAGUCAGAAUAACACAAAAGAUUCCACAAGACUGAAAUAUGCAGUUAAAGUUUCAUAAAUUAAAAAAAAUUUUUUAAAGGAAGUCAACAUCAUUGCUUCAGACAUUUUACCUACUUCUACUUUUGAGGAAAAAGUCCAAAAACUUCAUAUUUUGGAUUAUGAAUCGUCCAGUAAUAAAAUAGAAGAUGAGGAAGCUGUUGAGGUGGUCGUCGAUUUCCUUAUAAGAAGCUCACAUGGACAUGUUCUGUUGCCUGACUUGAUGAACUGUUAAUAUCUGGUGAGGCUGAGAAUAUGCUACUAAUAUUCUCCAAAUAAAUGUCUUUAUUUAAAAAAACAGGUGUAAAGUAUUUUCAGUCAUGUAAGAAAAUAACGCGCUACUUCCAGAAAAAGAAAAUGAUGCUCUUGGAUAAAACAAAGCUGCUGAAAAUUUAGACCACCACAAUGGUCCUAAUGCCCCAGUGUAACUAGGACGCCUACUGUCAGUGCUUGACAAUUG